AUGGGUUUAGAUGUUACCAGAUUGGUGUUGGACAUUCUCAACAAUAACAAAGAUCCUGGUUCCCUAAAUUCUACCUUUAUUGUUCUGAUUCCAAAGCGUAAGAAUCCUUCUUCCCCAAAGGAGUUUUGUCUUAUUAGCCUCUAUAACAUGAUCAUGAACGUUGUGAUGAAAACUAUUGCAAAUAGGCUAAAGCAAUUUCUCCUGGAGCUUAAGAAGAAAACUAAAGGAAAGAAAGAAGUCAUGGUGCUUAAAUUGGACAUGUCGAAGGCUUAUGAUAGUUUGGAGUGGGACUUUGUUGUGGCUACUUUAUGUCAUGGUGGAUUUUAA